CGCCUGUCUCAGUUUGCCUCCUCUUCCUCCGUCUUGGCUCCUCUGCUCGUGCUUCCUCCACGUUCCUCCCUCGUGGUCUUCUUGCUCCUGCUUCUGCAGUGUGGGCUCAGUUUCAGUUCAUUGUCAUGAAUCAAUGAAAUACAGCCUUUUAUCUUGUCCAGAGAAACUUCUAGAUUGUUCUAGAAGGAAGCUGUGGUUCUUGUUGUAUGAGCGUGUGGGCAUGGAUAUAGUUGAAUCAGUGAGAAAGAUUCCUUUGCAAGACCCACCCGAGGAAGAUUUCUGUGCUGCUGAUUUGACUUGGACCAAGUUUGGCAAUGCUGAGCACCAUGACGAGGUUGCCCUUAUUCCCUAUGACCGAGUUGAUGCUUUUAUAAUUGGUGAGUGCUCUAAUGUUGAGUGGCCUACUCGCUUCCAUAUUGAGCGCGGAAGGAAGCGAGCUAUUGGUAGCUUGAAGGAGUAUAAGGAUGAUGAGUAUCUUGAGUACAGGCUGUACUGGUGCUCGUUCGGACCAGAAAAUUAUGGGGAGGGUGGAGGUAUAUUACCCAGUCGAAGGUAUCGGCUUAAUACCAGAAAUCGUGCUGCUAGACCUCAAUCAAUGCGGGGUUGUACUUGUCAUUUUGUUGUCAAACGUCUUUAUGCACGUCCAUACCUAGCACUUAUCAUAUACAAUGAAAGGCGCCAUAUUAACAAGUCUGGUUUUGUUUGCCAUGGACCACUUGAUAGAGAUGCCAUUGGUCCUGGUGCCAAAAAUGUUCCAUAUAUAUGUAAUGAAAUUCAGCAGCAAACUAUGUCUAUGAUUUAUUUGGGCAUUCCUGAAGAGAAUAUCCUGGAGAAACACAUUGAGGGAAUUCAGCGAUAUUGUGGUUCGGAUGCAAAAGUUAAUAGUCUUGCCUCUCAAUAUGUUCACAAGCUAGGGAUGAUUAUCAAAAGGUCUACCCAUGAGCUGGAUCUAGAUGAUCAAGCCAGCAUUCGGAUGUGGGUUGAACGGAACAAAAAGUCUGUAUUCUUUUAUCAAGAUACUUCGGAGUCAGACCCUUUUGUUUUGGGGAUCCAAACAGAAUGGCAGUUGCAACAGAUGAUUCGUUUCGGUCAUUGCAGUGUUGUUGUGGCAGACUCAACCUUUGGUAUAAAGAGACUCAAAUAUCCUUUGUUCACGCUUCUUGUUUUUGAUUCAAGGCAACAUGCACUUCCUGUUGCAUGGGUCAUUACACGUAGCUUUUCAAAGCCUGACAUGUCAAAGUGGCUGAAUGCUUUAAUUGAUAGAGCUCAUAGUGUUGAACCUGGAUGGAGAGUUAGCGGCUUUGUGAUUGAUGAUGCUGCGGCUGAAAUUGAUCUUUUAAGAGACAUAUUUUGCUGUCCAGUUCUAUUUUCACUGUGGCGCAUUCGUAGAUCAUGGCUAAGGAAUAUUGUUAAGAAAUGCUGUAACAUUGAGGUUCAACGGGAGAUUUUUAAGCGUCUUGGGGCAAUAGUGUAUAGUAUCUGGGGUGGUGUUAAUACAUCGCUUGCGUUGGAACAAUUUUUGCAGGACUUUGUUGACCAAACUGAUUUCAUGGAAUAUUUCAGAGCUUCUUGGUUACCAAAGAUUGAAAUGUGGCUUUCAACAAUGAGAAAUUUUCCACUAGCCAGCCAGGAAGCUUCUGGAGCAUUAGAAGCAUAUCAUGUUAAACUGAAAGCUAAACUUUUUGAUGAUUCACAUCUUGGAGCACUGCAAAGAGUAGAUUGGUUAGUCCACAAGCUAACAACUGAGUUGCAUUCGAGCUACUGGCUCGAUCGCUUUGCUGAUGAGAGUGAUUCGUUCCAGAGUGUGAAGGAGGAAUACAUUGCUUCUACGUCGUGGCACCGAGCACUUCGAAUCCCCAACGAUGCCGUUACUUUCAAUGAUAAAGACAGCUUCUUUGCCAAAGUUGUUAGCCAGAAAGAGAGCAAAUCGACACGUAUAGUGUGGAAUCCAGGAUCUGAAUUUGCAUUCUGUGACUGUUCUUGGUCAAUGCAAGGUAACCUUUGCAAGCACGUCAUAAAAGUAAACAUGGUCUUUGAAAACAUCAAAGGUUGUCAACCAUCCAUGUCAUUGAAAUCAUUUGAAGACAUUUUGAUAGAUCUAUGGAGAAAACCAGUGGAUGGUUCCGUUGCAUUGGAUCUGUCUCUGGCUUGGACGCAGCAGAUCCUAGAUCAAAUCGAAAAACUCGUCGAACUGAAUAACUCGCCGGAUAUUGGCACUGUUGUUAACAAAAUGCCUUUGAAUUGGGUUUCCAAGAAAGGUCGAACCUACAACGGCAAACCAACGUUGCGUUACACUCUUCCACCGGCUAACAGCAACCCCAAAAGUUUGAUUGUAUACAAGAGGAGUCGCAAAAGGAAAAGAUUAUCACAAUUAAGAUGAUCCUGAAUUAGCACAAAUUGAGUUUAUUCUGGAAGUUGCUGAAUCGGCUCAUGUACCUGCAAAUAUCUAGGUUUCUGCUCUGUUGCCUCUUGUUAUAGAACAGUUAUUGUUAGUUAUAUGCACAUCUUUUGCAGAAACAAAACCGAAGAAUGAAAGCAAUUUCAGUGCAUAUUUUGUUGAGUCUACAGAGCUGGGAACAACUUUAAUGUGAUAGUUAGGAUAGAGUAGCGGUUAAUUUUCCCUCAAAAUUUGGAAGCUAUUGCUUAACUUUUGAUUAAUUA